CGGCGAGCGGAGCCAGCGCAGUCCAGAGCCCGCCCGGCCCCGGCCGAGCCCAGCCGCCGCCGCGAUGCUGGACCCAUCGUCCAGCGAGGAGGAGUCGGAGGAGCUGGUGGAGGAGGAGAGCGGCAAGGAGCCGCUGGCGCCCGCCGCGGCGCGGCUCUCGCCCAGCCGCCCCGGCGAGGGCCCGGGUGGCGGCGGCGGCGGCGGCGGUGCCGGCGGCGGUGGGAGCGCCGGGGGGCUGCAGCCCGGCGGGCGCGGCACCGGCGCGGCGCGGCCCGCCAGCCCCAGCCCCUCGGUGGCCAGCGAGAAGGAGAAGGACGAGCUGGAGCGGCUGCAGCGGGAGGAGGAGGAGAGGAAAAAGAAGCUGCAGCUCUACGUCUUCGUCAUGCGCUGCAUCGCCUACCCCUUCAACGCCAAGCAGCCCACCGAUAUGGCCCGCCGGCAGCAGAAGAUAAGCAAGCAGCAGCUCCAGACAAUCAAAGAUCGUUUCCAGGCCUUUCUCAAUGGAGAAACCCAGAUUGUGGCAGAUGAAGCAUUUAUAAAUGCUGUCCAGAGCUACUAUGAGGUAUUCCUCAAAAGUGACCGCGUUGCCAGGAUGGUGCAGAGUGGAGGGUGCUCAGCAAAUGACUCCCGGGAGGUCUUCAAGAAGCACAUCGAGAAGAGAGUGCGCAGCCUGCCAGAAAUUGAUGGCCUGAGCAAGGAGACGGUCCUGAGCUCUUGGAUGGCAAAGUUUGAUGCUAUUUACCGUGGGGAAGAGGAUCCUCGGAAGCAACAGGCCAGGAUGACGGCGAGCGCUGCCUCGGAGCUCAUCCUCAGCAAGGAGCAGCUCUACGAGAUGUUCCAGAACAUUUUGGGGAUCAAGAAAUUUGAGCAUCAGCUCCUGUAUAAUGCAUGUCAGCUGGACAACCCAGAUGAGCAAGCAGCACAGAUCAGGCGUGAGUUGGAUGGACGUCUCCAAAUGGCAGAGCAAAUUGCCAAGGAACGCAAGUUUCCCAAGUUUGUGUCCAAAGAAAUGGAGAACAUGUACAUUGAGGAGCUGAAGUCGUCUGUCAAUCUCCUGAUGGCAAACCUGGAGAGCAUGCCUGUGUCUAAAGGAGGCUCCGAGUUCAAGCUGCAGAAGCUGAAACGUAGCCACAACACCUCGAUAAUUGACAUGGGAGAAGAAAAUGAGAACCAGCUUUCCAAGUCAGAUGUCGUGUUGUCAUUCUCCCUGGAGGUUGUCAUCAUGGAGGUGCAGGGUCUGAAGUCGCUGGCCCCCAACCGUAUCGUGUACUGCACCAUGGAAGUGGAAGGUGGGGAGAAACUGCAGACUGACCAGGCUGAAGCCUCAAAGCCAACCUGGGGCACCCAGGGAGACUUCACGACAACCCACGCGCUUCCUGCAGUGAAGGUGAAGCUGUUCACGGAGAGCACAGGAGUGCUGGCUCUGGAGGACAAAGAGCUUGGGAGGGUUGUUCUCCAUCCUACUCCUAAUAGCCCAAAGCAGUCAGAGUGGCACAAAAUGACUGUUUCCAAAAACUGCCCAGAUCAAGACCUGAAGAUCAAGCUUGCUGUGCGAAUGGAUAAGCCUCAAAACAUGAAGCACUCUGGGUAUUUAUGGGCCAUUGGUAAAAAUGUUUGGAAGAGAUGGAAGAAACGAUUCUUUGUCCUGGUCCAGGUUAGCCAAUAUACAUUUGCUAUGUGCAGCUACCGGGAGAAAAAAGCUGAACCUCAAGAGCUGCUGCAGCUCGACGGAUACACUGUGGACUACACGGACCCACAGCCAGGUUUGGAUGGCGGCAGAACGUUCUUCAAUGCUGUGAAGGAAGGAGACACAGUGAUUUUUGCAAGUGACGAUGAACAGGACCGUAUCCUGUGGGUCCAAGCCAUGUACCGAGCCACCGGCCAGUCUCACAAACCUGUACCGCCUACCCAAGUGCAAAAGCUAAAUGCUAAAGGAGGAAAUGUACCCCAGAUAGACGCCCCAAUCUCUCAAUUUUAUGCAGAUAGAGCUCAAAAGCAUGGCAUGGAUGAAUUUAUCUCUUCCAAUCCCUGUAACUUUGACCACGCUUCACUCUUUGAGAUGGUUCAGCGCCUCACUUUGGACCACAGACUUAAUGAUUCCUAUUCUUGUCUGGGCUGGUUUAGUCCUGGCCAGGUCUUUGUGCUAGAUGAGUAUUGUGCACGUAAUGGAGUGAGAGGCUGUCACAGACAUCUCUGCUACCUCAGAGAUUUGCUAGAGCGCGCAGAAAACGGAGCUAUGAUUGACCCCACCUUACUUCACUACAGCUUUGCCUUUUGUGCAUCACAUGUUCAUGGCAACAGGCCUGACGGGAUAGGAACUGUGACCGUGGACGAGAAAGAGCGCUUUGAAGAGAUCAAGGAGCGGCUUCGUGUGCUUCUGGAGAACCAGAUCACACAUUUCAGGUACUGCUUUCCAUUUGGCCGUCCCGAGGGUGCACUGAAAGCCACUCUGUCGCUGCUGGAAAGGGUUCUGAUGAAAGACAUAGUUACUCCGGUCCCUCAAGAGGAGGUAAAAACAGUCAUCCGUAAAUGCUUGGAGCAAGCAGCUCUAGUCAAUUAUACUCGACUAUCAGAGUAUGCCAAAAUUGAAGGGAAAAAGAGAGAAAUGUAUGAGCAUCCUGUCUUCUGCUUGGCCUCUCAAGUGAUGGAUUUAACCAUUCAGAAUCAAAAGGAUGCAGAGAAUGUAGGCCGGUUAGUCACACCAGCUAAAAAGUUAGAAGAUACAAUACGUCUGGCAGAGUUGGUAAUUGAAGUCCUACAGCAAAAUGAAGAGCACCACGCAGAGGGGAAAGAGGCCUUUGCUUGGUGGUCAGACCUAAUGGUUGAGCACGCGGAGACCUUCCUGUCCCUGUUUGCAGUGGAUAUGGAUGCUGCGUUAGAGGUGCAACCCCCAGACACCUGGGACAGCUUCCCGCUCCAGCUCAUAAACGAUUCCCUCCGUAGUGACUGUAUAUAAUUGUGCAAUGGAAAAUUCCACAAACACCUCCAAGACCUGUUUGCUCCACUUGUUGUUAGAUAUGUCGAUCUGAUGGAGUCCUCAAUUGCACAGUCAAUUCACAGGGGCUUUGAGCGGGAGUCAUGGGAGCCAGUAAAUAAUCUGCCCAAUGUGAAUCUACCAAAUGUGAAUCUCCCUAAAGUACCAAAUCUACCAGUUAACAUCCCACUAGGCAUCCCACAAAUGCCUAGCUUUUCUGCACCGUCAUGGAUGGCUGCUAUUUAUGAUUCUGAGUGUGUAUUCACAAUGGGAUCAGGCACCUCGGAAGAUAUGUUCUGGAAGCUUGAUGCCCUACAGACCUUCAUUCGGGAUUUGCACUGGGCCUGAGGAGGAGUUUGGAAAACACUAGAGCAGCGCUUGAAGCUUAUGGCGAGUGACAUGAUUGAGUCCUGUGUGAAAAGAACAAGGAUUGCAUUUGAAGUAAAACUGCAGAAAACCAGCCGAUCAACAGAUUUCCGAGUCCCUCAGUCAAUAUGCACCAUGUUUAAUGUCAUGGUGGAUGCCAAAGCUCAGUCAACAAAGCUUUGCAGUAUGGAAAUGGGCCAAGAGUUUGCAAAAGAGUGGCACCAGUACCAUUCAAAAAUAGAUGAACUAAUUGAGGAAACCGUCAAAGAAAUGAUAACACUCCUAGUGGCAAAGUUUGUCACCAUUUUGGAAGGAGUCUUGGCCAAACUGUCUAGAUACGAUGAAGGAACUUUGUUUUCUUCUUUCCUGUCAUUUACUGUGAAGGCUGCUUCCAAAUACGUGGAUGUACCCAAGCCAGGAAUGGAUGUUGCUGAUGCCUAUGUGACAUUUGUCCGCCACUCUCAGGAUGUCCUGCGUGAUAAGGUCAAUGAGGAGAUGUAUAUAGAAAGGUUAUUUGAUCAAUGGUACACCAGCUCGAUGAAUGUCGUCUGCACCUGGCUGACAGACCGCAUGGACCUGCAGCUCCACAUCUACCAACUGAAAACUCUCAUUAGGAUAGUAAAGAAAACAUACCGGGAUUUCCGAUUGCAAGGCGUGCUGGACUCCACCUUGAACAGCAAAACCUACGAGACGAUCCGGAACCGGCUGACGGUAGAGGAGGCCACGGCGUCGGUCAGCGAAGGCGGAGGGCUCCAGGGGAUCACCAUGAAGGACAGCGAUGAGGAAGAUGAAGAGGAUGACUAGGGAGGCUGGGGGUUGCCUGGUAUCCGUGCAUGUACCUCGUCUGUAACUCAGUUAGCCACAUUAGGAAUUUUUAUGUCAGCUCUCAAUGCCCAUGAGAAGUUUACCAAUACAAAUGCCAUGUUAGCUGUGUGGUAAUAAGAUUAGCACCUCUCUUUGAUUCAUCAGUUUCCUAAUUUCAUAUCUAUAUGUUCAUAAGCAAUAUGGAGCACCAUUGUUUAAUACUGUUAAUGGAAAAACUACAUAGAAAACAUGCUAGGUGUGUCCCUGUUAUUAAAGUUUAAACAAUGCUUCAUUAAUGUACUGUAUAUACAUUGAUGGUAAAUUGUUGUGAAGAUGAGUGACUCGAGUCCUUUCAUUUCUUUGUUUCUCUUCUGUGGAUGCCAACUGCUUAAAAUUAAUAAAAAAACAGCUUUGUUUUUAAAAGAAGGACCAGGCAAUUACAAAUGAUUUUUUGUUCUCUCUGUUCAUUUGAAAACCAGAAAACAAACAAACCCAGACAGCCGUUUGAAUCAUUCUGCAUCCUUGUUAAUGUACCAGGCUCUUCCCUCCAAUAUGCAGUUAACUCCAUAGAGGCUACAUCCCAGAGGAUUAGUCAUUCUAAUUGCCACACCAGAUUAAUCCUAUCAUUAUGGAUAUAUCAUGCCACAUUACAACUCCAAAGCAGUUGUUUUAUGUUGACAUUUGCUCCUCUAAAUGUUACAUUUUUGUUUAAAUUUCAAAUAACUGUGUAUGUACAAAGACAACUUUAAUUACAAUCUUAGACUAUACAAAUGUGUUUAUAAUAAUAUAUUGAAUAUUUAUUUCAGUAGAUUGUUACCAUAAUUUACAAAUCCUCUGUUUCACAAUGGUUUUUAUAUGUCAUGUACAUUGCAUUUUGACCAGUAACUGCAUGUCCAUCAGUCCCUCCUCCAGAGCUUUUACUUUCUGUGUAAAAUAGUGAUCCAUUUUGCUUUUUUUGCCUUAUACAAGCCGACAGUUGUAAAAGUGUGAGAACUGUGGCUUCUCAAUAAAUAACUAUUCAGAUGUCCUAAUAAUAAAUUAUGGAGUCUUUUUAUGUCUGCCUUAGAAACAAAAAAAAACAAGCUGAGAUGUAAGAGCCCCCACCUCUCAGAAUAAAGGAAUUUUCUUUUCUCA